AUGCUGCAGGAGGGACAAUUCCAGGUUAGUGUCCCUUGGAGACCUGAACUGCACUUCCCUUGUACCUUAAUUAACCUGGUGCGAGUACCACGAUCCGUGAGUGGCAGCCUGGCCCCCACGCAUCGUACAUCGGGCAUACCGUACCUGACGUUGUGGGAUAAAAAGCAGCAGGUUCCGAGCGGUAAGGCGAGACCAGAUCUGCGGGUAUCUGCGCCCUCUAGCCAGGGUAUUGGCUACUAUCUCAACAUGGAUACCAUGUGGGUAUCCAUAGCCGCCGCCUUUCGGAUGAGCACACUUUACUGCACAGCCAUCACAAUGCAACGUCUUCUUGCUCUCGCCUGCCUGGUGGCCGUGGUCGUCGCCGACAGCUACAAGACGCCCAUUCCGAUCCUGAAGGACGACCGUACACAGAACGCCUACGGCGAGUACACGUUCGACUUCGAGACUGGAAACGGCAUCGUCAGGAACGAGGCCGGAAAGCAGGCUGAUGGCCAGGAGUCCUCAGGAGGAUGGAGCUACACCGCUCCCGAAGGCGUCCCCAUCAAGCUGAGCUUCACCUCCGGCGUGGGCGGUUACCAGCCCGUUGGCGAUCACCUUCCCGUGGCACCCACGCCAGUGCCUCUCCCUCUACAACCGUCAGCGUAUACGCAGUCACCUCCCUGA